AUGGAAAUGAGUGAAUCGGUGGCCACUCUGGAGGCGGAGGAAUGGUUUCCGGGGGAACUGAAGCCAAACCCCGUGCCCUAUAUAUCGCUGGUCGGUCUGAGCGCCCAAAACAAUGCCAUUCACGCCGUUAUCUGGAACUCAUUCACUGUUAGCCGCGGAUCAGAUCGACCGCCGCUUUACUUCAAGCUCUUGCCGGAAAACUACUCGUUCACGGCAUCCAAACCUAAGAAAUCUUCAUACGAAUGGCAUAUUCCCAAAGGUAUACUCAAGAGCUCAUGGCUUCGAAGGCAUAUGUUUGAGAUGCCGUCGGUGUGUGUGCUCUUCGUUGACCUGAAUUGGGACGACUUGUAUUGGAAUCAAAAGCGGACCGAAUGUGUGGCCAAAGUUGAACACUUGCGCCGAUUACUGGGCACUAGGAAUACGAGAAUUACUUUGGUUUUGAUCCAAUCGUCCACAUCUUUACCAUCUGGUGAGCCAUCCGUCUCCUCCUUCUCUUCAUCUCUCACUCAUUCACUAAUUGUUAAAACAGAUGACUCUUUGGUGACGGAGAGGGCGGCCCUUCUCUGCAGUUCCUGUGAUUUGAACGCAAAAUCGCUGUUUGUUUUGCCCGUCAGUGAUGUCUCGCAACUCAUGGGAUAUAUAUUGAGAAUGGAAACGGCUUUAUAUGAGUUGUCGAAAGCCUAUUAUCAACACGAAUGCAAACUAAUCAAAGGACAUAGGGAUCAGCUCAACCACACCACUCAUCAGCUCCUAUAUGUCAGACAUCAGUUCAAAAUAGGAUUUUUUAGUGAACUAAAACAGGACCCAAACACUGCCCUCAAACACUACAAGAACUCGUACACGAAUCUAAUGGAAGUUCGCGUGACGUUAAUCAACUUAUAUGAGAUCAAAACGAUCGGCGCUUUUAUUAAUUACAAGAUUUGCAAAUUGUGUUUCCAAUUGAACACACCGUUGGACGCCAUCUCUCAGUUCCGUAAACACAUUGACAUUUUUAAAGGCAAAUGUGAGCCCAAAGAGAUCGAGUUCGAGCACUCGGCCUGGCUUUCCAAACAGUACGCGCUGUUCGCCGGCCUGUUUGACGCGGCCAUCACUGCCGGUCUCAUACCAUCGCAAAUGCAGAAUCCGGGCUAUUAUUACUUAGAGGCCGCCCUUCAAGCCAUGCAACGCCGCAAACUCUGUCUCUCUAAUCCGGGCUAUUAUUACUUAGAGGCCGCCCUUCAAGCCAUGCAACGCCGCAAACUCUGUCUCUCUGUUUGCACUCAAACGCAGUUUAAUGAAUUGAAUCCUCAAAAUCUGGAACUGUUUAACAAUAUAUUGCAAUCCACGCAACAAAUGGAGUUCUUUGGACAGAGACCGUGGAGACCCGGCUGUCAAACACUCGAACCAUUGGACGCCGAGAAAGAGAGAAUCGGAUUAAAAGUGUUGCAAUACAAAGAACUAACGACUGUUAAUCAUUCUUCACUUAUCAUAACAUCAUUGAGUAAUGCCAUCAAUCAAUUCAAGAAAUACAAGUGCCCGCGAAUGAAGAGAUAUCUCAUGGUAUUAGUGGCUGAGGAGUACUUCUACAGCAAAGACUACGCCAACGCUCUGACAUUCCUCGACAAUGUGUUGCCUCAAUACCGAGAAGAGGGUUGGCUUCCGUUAGUACAGAAUAUUCUCAAUACUGCACUACAAGCGGCCUAUCUAUCGGCCGAUGCCAUCAAUUUUGUGAAGUUAGGCCUCGAAUACAUUUCAGUGACAAAUAGCUCUAAAUUUGAGGACAAGAUCGCUAUUCAAGAAAGCAUUGAAAAUAUAAUGCGAAAACAGUUACCACUUGUGUUGCCAUUUGUCGACAAAACGGACGCCGAGAAUGCGUUGAAAUUGUGGUCCAAUGUGUUAAGUGUUAACUCAGAUCCCAUUAGUUUUACUAUGAAAAUGGAUUCGUUAAUGAAAUUCGUUGAAUGUAAGCCUCAAUUCACAUCCAAAACAUUUGAAUGCAAUCACGCUAUGAAAGUGGACCUCUAUUUGCAGUCUUCGGCUCCCAAACCGAUCCAAUUGACGAAAUUAAACAUUUUAUUUUCGGACCAAUACUAUAACCAAUUCUGUGAAUAUAUUGAUACAACUGAUAACGAGUCUGAAAAUAACAUUGAACAACGAGUGACAAUAGUCGGCGUUAAUGUCACACUUGGAAGCGAUUCCAUGUCUGCGGUAAUGCAGUGGUCUUUCACCGAUAAAAUCAAUGAUUUCGUGCCCUCAGUCUAUAAGCGCCCGACCAGUGAUAUAACAGACAUCAAACAUAUAAACACUUUAUUGUCGACAAAUAUAAUCAAAUAUAACCCAAAUUUAGAGUUAACUAUAAAACACAAUCCGCCGGCGCUUUUGAAUGAAUUUUAUUUGUUAAAACUGUGGCUCAAGAAUAGGGAACAGUUCGUCGCCUCUAACUUGAAGCUCACCGUCAAAGUGAUGGACACUAACAAUGACGACACUGACGUCGCUUUCAAAAGUCUUAUUUACAGCGGAAAUGAGUUCAAAGAAUUGACGGAAAACUUUCCACUCAAUGAUAUUAAAGUUAACGACGAGUUAAACGAAGAAAUUGUUGUUAAAUUUGAAAUUACGGGAAAUCAUUGCAUUGUAUUCACUGUUGUGUACGACUCGAUGUAUGAAAUGCAAAAUGAAUGCAAAACUAUAUCCCUUUCGAUCACUCAAAAAGAAAUGUCAGACGUAUUGAUACCAUUCAUCACUUCAUGCGAGUUAACAAACCUGUCGGCCACUAAAGUAGCGCAGAUUCGCCGAAACGAACCCUUCUUUGUCAAUGUGUUGACCAAAGAAAACGCCGACAUUUCGGUCGAGAUUAUUGAAUCGAUGCCUCAAUUUGACGAAUCCAUUGAGUGUUUGCAGCAAACGAAUAGACCGUUCAAAGGGAAUGUCUUCGUAGACCAAACGUUUAAAACUGUUGCUUCCAUUGAAUACACGACUCCCGUCUCAAUGGGAAUGUAUUUAAUAAAGUGGAAACGAAAAUGUGAGAGUGAUUCUCAUUUACGCGCGCCAUUGCUGUCUGAAACGUUGGUUCCGUUGCCGAUGAUAACAGUCGUCAGUUCUCCCGUUUUUGUUGACUUGAAAUAUCCGGACGUUUGUGUCGCUAGAAAUCCGAUGAUAUUAUGCUAUCAUAUAUACAAUCGGACGGAUAGUAACCUGUCAUUAGAGCUUUCAAUGGGCACUUCCGAUAGCUUUAUGUAUUCCGGAAAUAAAUUAAUCCAAAUUAUUUUGGAAGCGAAUCAAAGCGCAGAACAGCAUUACAUACUCUACCCAUUGGUGUGCGGAUCGAUAGUAUUGCCUAAGUUUCGCAUUGUGUUAAACCCGGAGACUCCCGGCGCGGCGCCAAUUGAUUAUAUCGACCAAAUACUGCCCAACGAUCUACUCACUCCCGGCGCGGCGCCAAUUGAUUAUAUCGACCAAAUACUGCCCAACGAUCUACUCGUUAUUCCUCAAAACAAGACUACAUGUGAUGUCUCGCAAACCGUGGGUUAACAUAAAAGUGUCGUUUCAUAGGAUUCCAGA